AUGACCACGAGUCGCGUGAUGUGGGAGUAUUGGUUCCAGGGCUGCAUGGAGCCCCGGAUGGGGCCGUUCCGACUUCUCAAGCAGCGCGACCUGUCCACCGCCAGCAACCGCGUCCAAAUCUCGCAAGCGCGCGGUGUGAUGAAGAAACAGAAACACCUCGUCGCGUCCGCCGCCCACGCCGAGGAGAUGCCGCAGUUCAAGUCCAUGGCCGUGUUCGAACACGCGUACACCGUCCUGAGCACCCCCGCCGCCCUCGCGCACCUCUCCGACAUGCUCGCGCCAGACCAUCUACCCCUACCGCCACGUGUACGAGCUGCUGAUCAAAGACAGGCACAAGGUGGGGGUCGACGCGCGUGUCCGCUGGACGUGUGUGAGAUGGGCGACCCCGCGCAUGACAUCGGUCCGUUCCGCCACCUCCGCAGCCGCGACGUCGACCGGUUUGCGAACGACCGCCGGCCGAGGAAACUGCUGUCUAGUGACCGCGUCCUCAUGGAGAAACUCGUGGAUGUCGCGCUCGACGCCAAGCUCGUCAUGUCCGUUAAAGACUUGGACGACAUGGACGAGGGCUCCCUCGAAGGAGUGUUCCAUGAAGCGUUUGCAAGACUCAUGGCCGAUAGCGGUGUGAACUCAAGCAACCACGGCGCGAACAAGGUGCAUAAGUAUACGUACACAACCGUAUACCACAUGAUGACACCGUCGCAGCGAAAGCGGCCGCGAGUGGACCACCUCGAUGACGACGACGAAGGCGACAACAACCACCAUGAAGGCGUUGUCGAAGACGACGACGAUGCCGAGCCAGAUACCGCGGAGCCUGCUCUAGAUGCAUAUGAUCCGGACAGCAUGAUCGGUGAAUGA